AUCUAUGGAAAACAAAGAACAAAGAGCAUGUAAUCACUACUGGAAAAGAGAUUAGAUUGAAGAUUCUCCAAUGAUAUUUAUUCUCUUUGAUUUCCUUGUUAGUAAACUUCGUAGGUUUCGUAGAAAACAAGUCUUUACUCAUUUUGAUAUUGAAUCAAAUAAUUCAGCUUAUAGGCUUGGAGGAAUAAAUAGGUGAGAUGUCUACAAACAAGUGUGUAUACAAAAGUAAAGGCGAUGAUGAAGAUUCAGACAGCUUGAUGGCCCAGUGCUUUCCAAUCAGCUCUGAUGUGGAACUCAAGGAAUUCCCGACAAACGGUGAAGAAUACCUUCUGAAAGUUAUUAAAGAAAGGGAAAAAUAUGCUGUCGUCUCAAAGUGUAAUAAAGACUAUUCUAAAUUUGCCCGUAAUCAGUCUCAAUUUGUGAAAGAGCUACCUCAUGCUAAGGCACCAGAUAAUCUAAAACCUACUAUAGAAUGGCAAAACAUUCAAGUUGCAGACUUUUCCGAUGUCCGUAUGGACAUAUCAAGGCUUUUAAACAAAAAAUCUACCUGGCCAAAGAAUAUGAAGAAAAUAAAUAUAGAUAAUAACACUGUUGUAGGAUGGGAAAACUAUUUUAAGAAUAAUGACCCAACUCUUUCCUAUGUAAUAGGAGUACCUCAGGCCCAUUUAGACAAGGGCUUGGAAAUACUAAUAGAAAUGCUAGAUAAAGUUACACCAGGGGAAACAAUAGAUCAUAUAAUAGGUCAAUGGAUCUAUGCAUUCCUUGCUUGCACGAGACAGCCUCUUGUCUCAGACACAAUUAGCAUAUUAAGAGAUUUAGCCAGGAAAUGUGCAGAAAUCAGAUCUCAUUUAAGUCCAGAAGACGAGAAUUCGAAAGUCGCCGCAGCACCGUUAAAUCUCUUCAUAUGUUUAGUAUCUCGUUACUUCGGACAGUAUGACUUGGCAGACUGAAGGACAAUUCAUAUUUUGCGUGUUUUCCUGCUACUGUACGUACUGACAAAGUAACUGUAAUGUUCUGAAAAAAAUUUUUUUAAUUGCAAAGAACAAAAUCAUAUCACUGA